GUUCCUUUCGCGCAACAGCAACAAAGAGAAGAAGAAGAAGAAGAUCAGACGUCGGCCAUGGUGUCCGCGGGUUUCCAAAUCCUGGGCGCCGCCCUCGGCCUCAUCGGCUGGAUCGGCGCCAUCGUGGUGUGCGCGCUGCCCAUGUGGCGGGUGACGGCCUUCAUCGGCAGCAACAUCGUCACGUCGCAGACCGUGUGGGAGGGCAUCUGGAUGAGCUGCGUGGUCCAGAGCACCGGCCAGAUGCAGUGCAAGGUCUACGACUCCCUGCUGGCCCUCAGCUCCGACCUGCAGGCGGCGCGGGCGCUGGUGGUCAUCGCCAUCGUGGUGGGCAUCCUGGGCAUCCUGCUGUCGGUGGCGGGGGGCAAGUGCACCAACUGCGUGCAGGACCCGGCCUCCAAGGCCAAGGUGGGGGUGGCGGCCGGGGCGGUCUUCAUCGCCGCCGGCGUGCUGCUGCUGAUCCCCGUGUGCUGGUCGGCCCACAACGUGGUGCGGGACUUCUACAACCCCUUGGUGGUCAGCGCCCAGAAGAGGGAGCUGGGCGCCAUGGCGUCCGCGGGCUUGCAGCUGUUGGCCGUGUUCCUGUCCGCGGUGGGCUUCCUGGGCGCCGUGACGGCGUGCGCGCUUCCCAUGUGGAAGGUGUCGGCGUUCGUGGGCAGCAACAUCGUGACGGCGCAGGUGUUCUGGGAGGGUCUGUGGAUGAACUGCGUGAAGCAGAGCACGGGCCAGAUGCAGUGCAAGGUGUACGACUCCAUGCUGGCGCUGCCCCGCGACCUGCAGGCGGCGCGCGCCCUGCUGGUCGUCGCCAUCCUCCUGGUCCUGCUGGGUCUGCUGGUGGCGGGCGCGGGGGGCAAGUGCACCACCUGCGUGGAGGGCGAGGCGGCCAAGGCUCGGCUGGCGGCGGCGGCGGGCGUGCUGCUGCUGGCGGGGGGCGUGCUGGUCCUCGUCCCCGUGUCGUGGUCGGCCCACGCCGUCAUCCGCGACUUCUACAACCCGACGCUGGGCGACGCUCAGCGGAGAGAACUGGGCGCCGCGCUGUUCGUCGGAUGGGGCGCCGCCGGACUGCUGCUGAUCGGGGGGGCGCUGAUCUGCUGCGGGUGCGCCGCCCGCAAGGAGGGCCGCUACGCCGUCAAGUACUCUGCGUCGCGUUCUGCUUCCGCCGGGGGCGCUUACGUUUGACCGCCGAGACGACUUUACUCUGGACUUGGCCUGUUGGCUUUUUUUUUUUUUUUUUU